GUCUAAUGGCGUGGCGAUUCCUUAAACCCAAAUAAAACCCUUACAAGUUACUACCGUGUUGUUGCCGCCCCUGGUAUUGUCUCCUCUAUCAUCACACUCACGGCGAAGUGCAGUCAAAUUAAACUUCCAAUUGAACUCGUAUAUUUUCCCAGGUUUUUGCGGUACCCAUAUUCAGCUCUAAGAUGUUAUCUCGUUGUCUUCGUUCUAUUUCACGUAUUCCAGGAAUCUUGAUUCCCGUCACGCUAUCUCAUUACAUACCCAAACCUCAAAACAACAUCCCUUGUCAUAGAAUCACAGCAAGUUUGACUUCUGUUUCAGUUCUAACAUGUAAAAGACCAAAUACUGUACCUUUCCAAGUGAGAUCUGUAGCAACUAUCGUUGAUCCAGCUGCUAGGUUUGAUGAGAUGGUCAUUGGACCACAGCGUAAGUAUUACUUCCUAGGUGGUAAAGGAGGUGUUGGGAAAACAAGCUGUGCUGCUUCCCUUGCUGUAAAAUUUGCAGACCAUGGGCACCCUACCAUUGUCAUCUCAACUGAUCCUGCUCACUCCUUAAGUGACUCUUUUGCCCUGCAUUUGGCAGGAGGGGAUCUUGUUCCUAUUGAAGGAUUGAAUUCUCCUUUGUUUGCUCUAGAGAUAAAUCCCGAGAAAGCUAAAGAGGAUUUCCGAACUGCAAGUCAAAAGAAUGGUGGGAGUGCCGUCAAAGAUUUUAUGAAUAACAUGGGCCUUGGGAUGCUUGCUGAUCAGUUUGGGGAUCUGAAACUAGGAGAGCUGUUGGAUACCCCUCCGCCAGGUUUAGAUGAAGCUAUAGCAAUUUCCAAGGUGAUGCAAUUUGUUGAAUCACAACAGUACAGUAUGUUUAGCCGGAUAGUGUUUGAUACUGCACCCACGGGCCAUAUGCUUCGGCUUUUGUCCUUGCCUGACUUCUUGGAUGCAUCCAUUGGGAAAAUUAUGAAGUUCAAGCAGAAGUUAGCUUCAGCAGCUUCAGCCUUGAAAUCUGUUCUUGGGAAGGUAGCAGAACAGCAGGAUGUGCCUGACAAACUACAGCAACUGAGGGAGAGGAUGACCAAAGUGCGAGACCUUUUCCGAGAUUCCAAUUCCACAGAGUUUGUUAUAGUAACCAUACCAUCAGUAAUGGCAAUAAAUGAGUCAUCUAGGCUGCAUGCAUCAUUGAGGAAAGAAUGUGUACCUGUUCACAGGCUUAUUGUCAACCAGAUUUUACCUCCAUCCGUAUCUGGUUGCAAGUUUUGCACUACCAAAAGGAAGGACCAAAUGCGUGCCAUUGACAUGAUCCGCAACGACCCUGAACUUGCCAACUUGAGGAUAAUUGAAGCAGAUUUAGUUGAUUUAGAGAUAAGAGGUGUUCCAGCUCUAAAGUAUAUGGGUGAUAUCGUUUGGAGAUGAUUUUAUUUUAUUUUAUUUUUUGGGUUGUUAUUUUAGAAUUUUAUUUGUAACACUAAUUUUAUUCUACCUUAUGGUAUCUAAACAGAUUCAUAUACAACAAUUGUAUCAGUAAAUAUAAUAAAUAUAAAAGUAUUAAGUAUUAAGAAAAA